AUGGCUUGCAAGAAUCAACCAAUAAAAUGCAACAUCCAAGAUCCUAUUCUGAUUGAUCACAAAUAUUUCCAGCCAGGUGACCUAAUCAUUGGUGGCAUGACUUCUUUUGUCUUCAAAACUAGAGAUGUAGGAAGCUUUGAGAAAGAUCCCCAUCAUUCUACUGUGGGUGAAUCUCUAGUUCUGACUAAAUAUUAUCAGCAUAUAUUGACCAUGAUAUUUGCUGUGAAGAAGAUCAAUAAAGACAUCCAGCUCUUACCAAAUAUCACCCUGGGCUCCAAAAUAUAUGAGAGUUAUGGUGGUGACUACAUAUAUCAUGCCUCAAUGGAAUUUUUCUCUAGUCAGAAACAACUCAUUCCCAACUACAAGUGUGGAAUCCUGAACAAACUUAUAUCAGUUGUUGUGACUACUGAUCCAAGCACUGCAAGUGACAUGGCAGAUAUUUUAGAGACUUACAAAGUUCCCGAGUUCCCAAUAGAUGCCUUUUCAAAUGAAAGCCCAUUCUACUAUAGCAUGCUUCCAGGUGAAGAACUUUAUUACAGAGGGAUUAUUCGACUACUCUUGCACUUUAGAUGGACUUGGGUUGGGGUAAUUGUUUAUGGAUUUGGUGGAAGAACAUUUCAGCACCUAAUCUUCUCAAUAUUUUCACUUCAUGGUAUCUGCAUUGACUUCAUAGAACAAUUGAGAGCAAAUUAUAUCCACUCAUUUUUUGACACUUUGAAAUCACUUGUUGAAACCUUUCACCUUCUUGUUAAAAGCAAAGCCAAUGUCGUCAUAAUCAAUAAUAACCAUCUUUUAAAUUUUAGAUGGUUAUUACGCCUACCUGAAAUAGAAAUGGUUACUAUAAAGCCAAAAGCUAAGGUGUGGAUUAUGGCUUCCCAAAUGGGUCUUGCAUCAUUCUUUUAUCAGAAGAGCUGGGAUAUCCAAUUCCUUCAUGGUGCUCUGAGCUUUGCAGCUUAUUCAAAUGAAGUUGAAGGGUUCCAACAUUUUCUUCAGACACGAGAUUAUUUCUCCUCAAAAGAGGAUGGUUUCCUCAAAGAUGUGUGGGAACAAGCAUUUGGCUGUGUGUUUCCAAAUCCAUCUGAGAAUGAGCAAAUAGAAGAUGUAUGUACAGGGAAGGAGAAAUUGGAGAGCCUUCCUGGGACUUUUUUUGAAAUGAAGAUGACUAGUCACAGUUAUAGUAUAUACAAUGCAGUGUAUGCUGUGGCAUAUGCUUUAAAUGCCAUGAGGUUGAGCCAACAACACAGGAGAAACUUGAAUGGCAGAAAACUCCGUCUUCAAGAUAUCCAGCCAUGGAAGCUUCACUUCUUUUUGAAAAGAGUCUCAUUUAACAACAGUGUUGGGGAUGAAAUUUCAUUUGAUCAGAAUGGAAAACUGAUUACAGGACUGGAUAUUGAUAACUGGGUCACCUUCCCCAACCAGUCCUUCAAUCGAGUGAAAGUUGGGAAGCUGGAUCCCUGGGCUGCUGAAGACAAAAUGUUCACCAUUCAUGAGGAAGCCAUCAGCUGGCCACAAAUUUUCAAUCAAACCAUACCUGUUUCAGUUUGUAGCAAGAGUUGCCUCCCUGGCUAUUUCAAGAAAAAGCAGAAAGAGAAGCCAUUUUGCUGCUAUGAUUGCCUUCCAUGUCCCAAAGAGAAGAUUUCAAGCCAGGAAGACAUGACUGACUGUUCAAAAUGUCCAGAAGAUCAAUAUCCAAAUAAAAACCAAGAUUCAUGUAUUCUGAAGAAAGUAUCGUUCCUGACUUAUGAAGAACCAUUGGGAAUAAGUUUAAUUACUCUGGCACUUUUCUUUUCACUUUGCACAACUAUGGUGCUGGCAAUAUUCCUGAAAUACCAUCACACACCUAUUGUCAAAGCCAAUAACCGAAAUCUCACCUAUGUUCUACUCAUCUCCCUGCUCCUCUGUUUCCUUUGCUCACUGCAAUUCCUCAUUGCACCUGGAAAUAUAAUAUGUCUCCUCCGACAAAUUAGUUUUGGCAUCAUCUUCUCAGUGGCUGUGUCUUCUGUGCUGGCAAAAACCAUCACUGUGAUUAUGGCUUUCAUGGCCACCAAGCCAGGAUCCAGGAUGAGGAACUGGGUGGGAAGAAGACUAACCACCUCCAUUGUGCUUUCUGGUUUCCUGAUUCAAACAAGCAUCUGUACAGUAUGGCUGUUCACAUUUCCCCCUUUUCCUGAAAUGGACACCCAUUCAGAAAUGGAUGAAAUUAUAAUGCAGUGCAAUGAAGGUUCAGUUGUUAUGUUCUACUGUGUCCUGGGCUAUAUGGGCUUUCUCGCAGCUGCCAGUUUCACAGUAGCAUUUUUAUCUAGGAAGCUCCCCAGCAGUUUUAACGAGGCCAAAUGUCUUACAUUCAGCAUGCUGAUCUUCUGCAGUGUGUGGCUCUCCUUUGUUCCAUCCUACCUAAGCACCAAAGGCAAAUACAUGGUGGCUGUGGAGGUUUUCUCAAUUUUGGCCUCUACUGCUGGGUUGCUAGUCUGCAUAUAUUUCCCCAAAUGUUACAUAAUUAUUUUUCGGCCAGACCUAAACCAGAAGGAACAAUUAAUAAAGAGAAAAUAUUAA